GCUAUCAGAAUUGUCUGAAAAAAUACAGUUUGUACGCCAACUAAAAUUGUUUAUAACCUCUGUUAAUUCAAUUAGUAUCAAAUUAAAGUUACUGAAAUCACAAAAGUCCAGCAACUCGAUAGGUAUUUCUAGUUCCGUGGAACAUGCCGGUGUAUUCCUACAUUUUUGGUGUGUUUUUAGCAUGCGCUUCUUAUUUAGUUUAUCAAAAAUAUGUGAAUGUUUACACGAGUGUUGUUCUAAAGCCGGAGAAACGUUAUGAUUAUAUUAUUGUCGGUGCUGGUACAGCAGGAUGCGUGCUAGCCGCUCGACUCUCAGAAGACCCCAAGAUCAAGGUCUUACUCGUCGAAGCUGGGGAUCAAAUGGGAUUUCUCACAAAGAUACCACUAACACCAACAUCGGCGCAACUAGGACCGAACGAUUGGUCUGUGAGAACUGUGCCGCAGAAGUUUUCUUCGUUUGGAAUGUGGAAACAGACAUCUAUAAUACCACGCGGAAAAGGCCUAGGAGGUUCGGGACAAAUCAACUUCCUUCUACACGGAUUUGGCCUACCUCAGGACUACGAGAGAUGGCCUGAAUUGGGUUUUAAUGGAUGGUCCUUUGAUGACCUAAGACCUUACUUCAUAAAAGCGUUUGGUACCAGCAGAAGUGACUUCGAUUCGGGCCAUUGUUCUGUGGAUGGAGAGUGUCCUGGAGAAAAGGCUCCAAUGAAACUCAAACUGAUAAACGAAGAUGAUGAACUGAUGAAUACGUUCAAGAAAGCUUCGGAGCAGUUGAAGAAUAAGUACUCCGCGUUCAGGAAGGCGACGGGGACAGUGGUCAACGGCAUGAGACAUGGGACCCUGGACGCGUAUCUGAAGCCAGCGAUGGCAAGGAAGAACCUGCAUAUAUUGUUGCGGACUCAAGCUGUUUCGAUCCGUUUCGAGAACACCACAGCUUCAUCACUCUACAUUCUACAAGACCAUAGGGAGUUAAACAACAUUUUCGUCAAUAAAGAAAUCAUCUUGUGUGCUGGUGUGAUCAAAUCUCCUCAGAUUUUGGUGCUCUCCGGGAUUGGACCAAGAGAUUUAUUGCAGAGCUUACGUAUAAAGGUAAUAUCGGAGAACAGCCACGUCGGCAGGAACUAUCAUGACCACAUGAAUAUGCCCGUGUAUGUGAGCGUCAAGAAGCCCAUCAGUGUGACCUUGUCUAAAGUCUUUACCUUCAGCACCGUGUGGGACUACAUCUUCAAAAACGAUGGAUUAUUAUCAUUUCCACCUUUAGCGGGAUUCGAACACCAGAACAAGUCCUUGGUAAUGUUAUUCUCCAUGGGGACAGCCAGCGAGAGACUGCUCCGAGAUCUGUCAAAUUACAAACCUUUGGUGUUCCGCUCAACAUUCCCAUUCUACAAUUCAACGCAUAAGGAGGGCUUCAUAUUCCUCUCGACCUGCACGCAGCCUCUCAGCAGAGGCUAUGUCACGCUCUCCAGCGCUGCAAUCAAUAUACCACCAGUCGUCGACCCUCGGUACUUAGAGCAAUAUAGCGAUGUUAAAUGCAUGAUCCAAGCAAUAAGAAGAGUGGAACAAUUAAUAUCUUCCAAAGCAUUCCAAGAGAUUGGCGCGAGGAUCCACUGGCCGCGACCGGAGAGGUGUCUCACAUUCUGGAACUACACACUGAACGAUCAGAUGGAUACCCCGCCGAAGAGGAAAAGAUUCUCCAAAGGGCAAGUCCCUAAAGAACCGAAGCAAACCAAACCAAGAAAGUCGGAAAGACCCCCCGACGCGUACCUAGAAUGUAUCAUAAGAGAGGUCGCGGUGACUGGUCAUCAUGCUAGCGGCACUUGUUCAGGAGGAACGGUGGUCGACGAUGAACUCAGGGUAAAGUCCGUGACAGGAGUUCGGAUAGUGGACGCGAGCGUGUUCCCCUCGCCACUGUCUUUUUACCCCAACUCCGUCCUCGUUGCAAUGGCGGAGAGAGCUGCAGACAUGAUAUUGUCAAAUACUGCUUAGUAUGAAGAAGGUUUACGAUAUUCUGUGUCACCAUAUUAAAAUAUAAAGCAGGACUUUUAUUUCGAACAACCUUUCUUACGCUGACGAAGCCGUGAGCAAUUACAAAUAAACAAUAAACUUAUAAACUUAUAGACGUUAUCUAUCUAAGGACGGA